AAGGAAGCAUGACUCGAGGGGGAGAUGAUUAUCUGAGCUGCCGGGGACUGAGCAGCAGUAGCAGAGGGAAGGAGAUGUUGAAGGGUUAUUGUUAAGCGUGCUGUGACACUACCUAUUGAAAAUGUGUUCAUGAACUUUCCUUUGACAGGGUGCACACAUUGAAAAUGGUCUUCUGUCUCCUGGGGCCUUUGCGUUCGAUCCAUGACUAAUUAGAAGGAGAUUGACGGUCUGGAUGGAGAAGUCAAAGUCAGCUUCUAAACCCUCAUCAAAUGGUUGAAGAGCCAGAUUCUUAGUAGUGAUAUUGUUCUUCAAAAUCUGAAGUGGACAUCUUCCGGCUCAUCUGGACACCAUGAACACUUCUGCCCUACUGCCCUCCAACGACACGCCGCUCUGCUACAGGAUUAACAAUCCUCCUUUUAAGUAUGUGCCCACCAUUGCCUCAGCCUACUUCUCUUCCAUCUUCAGCGUGUUGGGUAUCACCUCCAACCUCAUCGCCUUUGUGGUUCUAAUCAAGUCGUUCCAGCGGACUCACAGCAGCUCUCGCUCUUCCUUCCUCAUCUUCCUGGGCGGCCUGGUGAUCACUGACUUCAUGGGUCUGGUGGUCACAGGCAGCAUUGUGGUCUCCUUUCAUGUGACGCACUUCAACUGGCGCAAUUUGGACCCACACUGCCACUUCUGCAACUUCAUGGGCAUGUCCAUGGUCUUCUACGGACUAUGCCCGCUGCUGCUCGGUGCGGCUAUGGCUUUGGAGCGCUUCAUUGGCAUCACCCGUCCAUUUGCACGCACCACCACUCUGCCCAGGAGGCGAACGGUCUUCAUGUUGUUGCUGGUGUGGUUCAUUGCCGGCUGCAUAGCGUUGUUGCCUCUGACAGGAGUCGGGAGCUACCACAUGCAGAUGCCCGGCUCCUGGUGUUUUUUCAACAUUAGCUCAGAGGGCAAUGACCUGACCUUUUCUGUGCUCUUCUCCAUGGUCGGGUUGACGUGCAUCGCUGUGUCUUUUGUGUUGAACACGGUGACUGUUGUGACGCUGAUCAAGGUGUGCUGUGGACAGGAUAAGAUGCAACGUCCCCGAGAUCAGGAAAUGGAAAUGAUGGUGCAGCUCAUCCUGAUCAUGGCCAUCGCUUCCAUCUGCUGGUGCCCGAUGCUAGUCUUUAUUGCACAAACUGUGCUGAGUGGACGUCCUCUGCAGGUCAUAUACCUUCUGCUGUGGCUGCGCUUUGCCUCCUGGAACCAGAUCCUGGACCCAUGGGUGUAUAUCCUGUUUCGCAGGGCGGUAUUACAGAGAGUCUACCCACGCAUGGACUGGUCCCGGUGGUCCCAAUGGUCCACCUUAAACCAAUCAUUUCGGAACACCGUUCACAGAUUAACACAUUCUUCUUCACUUGGGAGGCCUCUUAGCUCAGAUGAAACAGAACAGAACGAACAAUUAAAUGAAACACCCAAUACACUAUAAAUCCACUCAUGAUGGUUCGACUAGUUUGGAGGAGAGACGAAGUUGGUUUAUAGUGAUGAUGUUUUUGUGUACAGUGGUGAUACUUUCUUGAAUGGCACCCUGUGUGAGACCCACCACGAACGUACACACACGCACGCACGCACGCGCACACACACACACCAAUGAUAAACACUGGCGUACAGUUUCUUUGAAAUAUAUUGAAUUAUCAUCAAAUAAUACAGCAGCAGCAAAUAAUAAUUAGAAUUAGAACAAAAGAGAAUUAAAAAAAACGCACACAAACUUAAGGGUACCUUAUUGAAAUAAUUUAGGCUUUUUUUCGGUGUGUUAUUGCUUAAGGAUUAAAUUGCAAAAUGAUUUCAAAAGAGUUGCCAUCUGUCCUUUUUUGAUGCAGAAUCGUCUAUAAUGUCUUUAUAUCUGCUCCCUAACUGUGUAGUUGAUGCUGAAGCCAUUUAAAUGUUACAAUUAAUUAAUUAUGAUACAAUGUAGAAGCAAGAGGCUUAUAAGUGAGACACAUGAUGCAAUUUCAAGUUGGAACCAACCCUGCCCCAUAAAAUAACAACAUAGUACAGUUCUAAGAAUGAAGCUGCGUCUUUGCUACUUUCUCCUCCUCUUCUUUCAAAAUUUCCCACCCAAUGACUUUGAUCGUUUCCUCUCCAUGUUUACAAUAAGUAUUCUACACUUAUUGUAAACAUUUCCUAUAAUACCCCAAGACCUCACCCUCAUCCUGGUACACUAAUCGCCUAUACAGUAUAUUGUAAAGGCCAACGUUUGACAUGUCAUGCCAUUUCAGUAGCAAUAUCUUGUUUUAUUUUGUGGCAUGUUGCUGUCCCAAAGCACUGCUGCGCUAUGCUGCGCAUAAUGCACAUGCCAGAAACCGCCAUUGUUUGCAUUAUUAACAUACUGUGAUAAAUUUAGGCUACUAACCAGGGAUCAAGCAUGUGUGUAUAAUGCGCACCCAUGUAUAAUACGCAGCCCCAAAGUUGAUUUCAAAAUUCUGGAAAACCCUUCUUCCUAUGUAUAAUGCCUUUUUACAAUGCAUGAUUUUGCUUCUACCCAUAUGCUCAAAACAAGAAGUAUCUGUAUUUUGUUUUUUUAUUAUUAUUAUUAUUUUUGUCAAAGAAUUAUUCUGAAGUUUAGCACUUUAUUUGAACAUGUAAUCCUUUUUUUCAUUUACUUGCUCUUAUUUUGAAAAUAACAGCCCUACAUUUAUUUUGUAAAUUAGAAAACACACAGUUGUGCUCAUAUGUUUGAUUACCCAGGCAGAAUUUGUAAGAUCGGUACAAUUCUUUAAAGAAAACAUGAAGGACCACGCAAAACACAUUUAAUUUUAUUUUAAUUGGUUUCAAAUUAAACUGUCAAGCAUUUCAGAAAAGCAUUAUCAUUAAAAAAAACAUAACUGUAAAGAAAUUAAUGAUGGUUGUUGUUCAGUCAGUCAUAUUUUAAAAAAUAUAUAUUUCACAAAUUCUGCCAGCAUAUGUAAACUUAUGAGCACAACUGUACAUAAAUGCAGUCAUACGUACCCCUGUCAUAUUGGAAUGAAUGUAUAGACUACAAAUUUUUUAUAAACACUAGGUGGCGGUGGCAUUUUCGGAAUGAAAGUGUUUAGCUUUUUCAUAACCACGAGAUGGCGGCAUACAUUUAUAAAAUGUGAAGGUUGUUUUCCAUUUGCCCCUAUACCUAUGUAUAAUGCGCACUAUUGACUUUUGACCAU